AUAAAACCAGCUACCCCAUGACCACCUACACCACCUACCCCGCCCCUCCCCCCGCCUACUACUCCAGCGGACCCAUCCAACCACCGCCCCCUUACCAACCCGUCCCCCCAGCUAUGUCUCCUCCUCCGGCCUACUUCCCCACCGCUGUGCCACCCACCUCCUACAGUCAGGCCAACAACAACCCGUUUGCUAAGGCGGCUGCCCAGGCAACCAGUUGACCAACCCAGGCAACCAGUUGACCAACCCAGCCAACCAGUUUCUCAACCUGUGUAAAAGGGCGCAUCAUUUGUUUUUGUACCAAACUGAAUUGACACAUAGUUGGGAAGUUUGUUUGGCCCCCAAAAUAUUUAAGUUGUUGUCAAAUGUUGAAAUAUCUUAAUAAAUUUGCUGUGAUAUUAACAAGUGCUUUAUGCAAACAAAAAACAAAAAAAAAAAGAAUAUUAACAA